ACUUGAAACUUUCGAGCUAUAGCGGAACUGGAAAAAACCCUCUUAAAACCCUAGAACAUCCAGUUCCAGUGCUCGAAUCGAAAACACAGAGAUACAAAGAGAGAGAGAGAGAGAGAGAGUAAAGGGGAGAAGCGAAAUGGCGAAGCGUUUGAUCCCAACAUUUAACAGAGUUCUGGUGGAGAAGAUCGUCCCUCCCUCCAAAACCACCGCCGGUAUUCUCCUCCCAGAGAAGUCCUCCAAGCUGAACUCAGGGAAAGUGGUGGCGGUGGGACCAGGAAUGCGGGACAAAGUGGGGAAUUUGAUACCAGUGGGUGUCAACGAAGGCGACACUGUUCUCUUGCCUGAUUAUGGCGGUACCCAAGUUAAGCUAGCUGACAAAGAGUACCACUUGUAUAUGGAUGAUGACAUUUUGGGCACUCUGCAUGAUUGAUUGAAUGCUGUCUAGUGAGAUUAUCAUCUGUAGAUUUUGUUUUGGGUUUUGAGUUUUAGUUUAUUGAAUGUAACUGAUUAAUGAUGCAAUUGUUGCCAAUUAUGUUGUUCAGAUUUGAAUAUUUCUAAACAAAUGUGACCCAUUGCAAGUUAUCGAGUUUUCACUGGACACACUCCAAAAUGUCCUACUCCUAUGGAAGAGGGGGAGAUAUUGUGACAAUUUUUUUUUUGAAAUAUAUCAUUUUCCAUGGAAAACUUUUGUUUCA